UAAGAUUUAAAAACAAAUCCCCAAGAUUUUUAAAAAUCACAUUUCUGAAUUGAAUGCAAUCAAAAUCUUUCAAUUUCAUCCUCGAAAAAGCCAAUCAAUCCCAAUGGCGGACGAUAGGAGAGGCGUUGUUGGCUACGCGCUGUUGCCAAAGAAACAACAAAGCUUCAUCCAAGACUCACUGCUCUCUCUCUGCAGAUCAAAAGGCGUCGAUCUGGUGAAAAUUGAUCAGGACCGUCGAUUAACUGAUCAAGGACCGUUCGAUUGCGUUCUCCACAAAUUGUACGGUGACCAUUGGAGGAACCAACUCGAGGCGUUCCAAAUUCAAAACCCUAAUUCGACUAUAAUCGACUCGCCUGCGUCAAUCGAACGACUCCACAACCGAAUCUCGAUGCUACAAGUCGUUUCGGAGCUAAAGAUCGAGUCGGAAACGGACACAUUCGGCAUUCCGAAACAGAUUGUGAUUUACGAUAAGGAAACGCUUUUCGACCGGCAAUCUUGGGAGUUUUUAAAAUAUCCGGUCAUUGCGAAACCAUUAAUUGCUGAUGGUAGCGCAAAAUCGCAUAAAAUGGCUUUGGUUUUUAACCAUGAGGGUUUAAAUAAACUGAAACCCCCAAUUGUCUUACAAGAGUUUGUUAAUCACGGCGGCGUUAUCUUUAAAGUUUACGUGGUAGGGGAAUUUGUCAAGUGUGUGAAAAGGAAGUCGUUACCGGAUGUUUCCGAGGAGAAACUGAAGAGUUUGGAAGGGUCAUUGUCGUUUUCGCAGGUUUCGAAUUUGACUAGUGAUGAGAGAAAUGGUGACAAGUAUUACAAGUUAAUGGAUUUGGAGGAUACUGAGUUGCCACCACAGAGUUUUAUCACCGAUAUUGCUAGAGGAUUGAGGAGGGGAUUGAAGUUGAAUUUGUUUAAUUUUGAUGUCAUUAGGGAUGCUAGAAUUGGGAAUAGGUACCUUGUGAUUGAUAUUAAUUACUUUCCUGGGUAUGCCAAAAUGCCCGGUUACGAGACUGCUUUGACUGAUUUCUUUUGUGAUUUGGUCGGGAAGAGUUGGAGUGAGGAGAAAGGGAAAGAUCUGAUUGAUAAGCGGCAGCUGGUGUGUAAUUGUGAUGUGGAAGUGAGGAAGAUUGUGAGUAAUACUUGUUGUAGUGAUGGGGAAGAGCAAGAGAAAUCAACCAUUCUUCAAGUUUGAGCCGGGAAGUAGAAUGCUAAAGUAGUGGAUAGCAGUGGGCGAGGCUCGUUUGCAUUCAUUGUGUGGUGGUGGUGAGGAAUGUUCUGGGUUUUUAUGGGCUGGAUGGAGAUGCACAUUUUCUGAUAGGUAGGCGGGAGGAGGGGAGGAGCAGGAGGUAUCAUGGUGGAAUAAAUAGUUUUGUUGCCUCUUCGGUGGUAGUUCUAGCCUCUUGACAACAUUUACAUGGCGUUACAGUGUUGAACAUGUAUAUUCUGUCAACAACUGCUCUGGAGUUGGGUAAUUCUCAAAUACUCUUCAAGUUUUUAGGGAAGUUUAAGUUGUACUUUGAGGCUUUCUAAAUGUUUCCUUUUUUAGAAGUUGUUUUAGUUUAGUGCAAUUUGGCACCUUUGGUAAAUGGAGUUACCUUUUUUGUCAAUGAAAGUUUUAAUCUUACCUUCUU